AACUUGUUUAUCAGUGUGCUUUAACAUUUCAGUGUCUUACAUACUGUAUGUGUUUUUGAAAAAACAAAAUGUAUAGACUAUUAGUCUGCAGUGCAGAUCUCAGAAAGUGAAAAAUAAAAUCAGUGUAAAAUUACAGGAGAUUAUUUUAAAGACCGAAAGACGUAGUUAAAUUAUUAAAAAAUAUACAGUAUGUGCGAUCUAACUAAUGCGUGGUUAUGGUCAGUCUACGCAAACCGGGAAUCACAAUGUAUAGGCUUAUGCUGAAUACCCUUGGACAGGUAAAAAGCAGCGCUUUGUGGCUCCGAAGACUGUCAACAGCAAAGCAUUUACCUGUCUUAACCUUGUUCACCAAGUAUCCUUGUCCGCUUUGUGAUGAAGCAAAGGAGGUUCUUGAGCCAUAUAAACACAGGUUUGUCUUGCAAGAAGUGGACAUCACUCUGCCAGAGAACACAGUGUGGUAUGAAAGAUACAAGUAUGACAUCCCAGUCUUUCAUUUAAAUGGACAGUUUCUGAUGAUGCAUAAAGUUCAAACGCACACCCUUAUGAAGAAGCUUGAAAGUAUAGAAGAAAAGGAAAGACCAAAUCAACUGUGACAAAAUCCUGGAAAUGUCAGGAAACCCUUUUGUUAAAUAUUAUGUUGAAAGUGGUAACGUGAUUGUAGCUAACAAAAUCAUUUUACACAUUUUUCAGCUGUGCACAUCUAUUCUCUAUACAGGUCUCAAUGUGUAGUUAUGAAAUAAAUCUAUGUUUUAGCAAA